GCUCCCUCCCGAGGGAUGCACUGCAGUCGUCGGGCGUCCUGCAAACUCUCGGCGCGCUCUGCUGAGGGGAAGAGGCCCGCCGUCCCGGCCUUCGCUCCGCGGCGCCGCCUUCCCUUCCCGCCCAGAGCCGGGCGGGGUUGCCGGGGCAACGGGCGCCAGGCCUGCUCUCCUCCACGCCGCCCGCCUCAAGUUGUGCGCCGCGGCCGGCGCUUCUCUCUCCGCGCUCGGAGUCCCGCCCCUUCAAGCCGCCGCCGCUUGAGCGCCGCUUCGGGGGCCGCGGUUACUAUUAUUAUUAUGAUGUCGCUGCUGAGGGCGAGUCGCUUGCCGGCCUCGGGAGCCAAGAGGAAGCCGCCCAAGAAGGCGAGGAGGAAGAAGCAGGACUGGGACAACACUGUUCAUGAUCUCACCGUGCAUCGUGCAACUCCUGAAGAUCUUGUACGACGCCAUGAGAUGCACAAGUCAAAGAACAAAGGCAUUGUACACUUUGAACUGCAAGAAAAAGCACUGAAGAGCAAAUGGAAGAAGCAGAGACCAAGAGUUCCAGAAUCUCUGGAAAAAAAGAAACUGGCCUUGAUGAGAGAGAUUCUUUCUGAUCAGUACCAGUUACAGGAGGUCCUGGAGAGAUCUGAUCAGGCCAUGGCUGUGGUGAAGGAUCUAUUUGGAGAUGCCCCUCGCAGGCAUUUAGGUUUCCCAAAUGUGACCGUGGCUCCUGAUUAUGAUGUAGAAUGCUCCCAAGGUCCCAUCGUACAAAAAUGUGAUCCCCCCACACAGCUCUCUCUUCUUAGUGAUUCUGUCAUGGAUCCACAGGGUCUCAAUGAAGUAGAAGGAGAAAAUUAUUUGAUGUGCAAGACAAACAGUGAGAACGAUACGUAUUUGAGCUUCAGAUCUGACACUGAUACAGAGAGGAUGCUUCACCUUCUGAAAGAAGAAAACUCUGUGGCCGGUGGCCAGCAUGAAGUUUCUAAGCAACAAGUAUCAUCACAGGAAGUCUAUGUGCUUUCAACCCCAACAACAAACGUUCAGCCAUUGGGAUCCACAGCCCUUAAUGCUACUAAUGUAGUCAAGAAAGUCCACUCAAAACUUCGGUAUGAAGAGCAGACUCCAGAUGCCACAUACAUUGUGCAGCAAGUACUGAACGCCAAUGUAAGGAAGCCAAAGCAAACCACCAAAGUGAAGAAGAAGCCAAGUGUGCAGACCCCAGAAGCACAGAAGAGGAGUAACUGGAGUCCUGCUGCAGCUUCCCUUGACCUCCCCAACGGCAACAAAUCCAGCCUUGAGGUCUUGAACCAAAUGGUGUGCGAUAUGGAGAAUGAAAUGGAAGAAUAUGAGAGAUGGAUGGGCCAUGAAGUGCAGCAAUUCCACAGCAGCCAAGGUCUCUCUGGAUUUACCCGCUCGCUGGUGAACGCUCUGUGUCGAGUGCUGCGCUAUUUGAAGGAGACUGAGACAAGGCUGCGUCAAGAAAAGCUGAACAGGCAAAAACUUGAAGGAGAGCUAAGUGAACACAGGGCCCUCAUUGAUGCUCUAACUGCUGAAGUCCUCCUGGCGAGAGAAGAAAAUAUUGCUAUGCAGAAUAAGUUUCAGCACUACACGGUUGUAACAGAUGAACAACUGACUUCACUCACACGUGCAUUUAAAGGGCUUCCCAUUACAGAUUCUGGAGAACUUUCAGUCAGGAGUCCAGAGGCAGCUCAAGAAAAAUGCCUCUCAAACUAUGUUGGGCCAAAGAGAAAUACACAAGUGGAUAUUCCCAAUAAAGCCCCAGUCUUUCCAAAUCCUUUGGAUAAAAUGCAUCCAACCCCAACUUUACCUGCUUGUUUAUUCCAACCAGCUGUUUUGUUAUCUCCACCACAACAGAAGAGCAGCCAGGCAUGGCCUCCUCUUCAGAAUGACUCCACUGGGAGAGAAUCAGAAGGAGAGCAAAAGUCCUUUCUGUCGAACAAGCCACAGACCGUGGAAGAGGAUGGCAGUUUGUUCAAAGGUGCUGGUCCUUUGCAGAGUUCUGUACAGCCAGAUGGCCAGCCAUUAGUAAGUGCCUUCUCUGCGGUGCCAAGCCAAAGUUCUGACGGCUUUUCAGAGAGGCCUAAUUCUGAUGCGACCAUGAUGCUUACCCAGAGUGAUGAUCUGCAGGGACAAAUAGCUGAGCUAACACUCCAGAACACUGUCAUUAAGGCUCAGCUGAGCAAAUUCAGGCAUUGCCCUCAGGAGGCAUGGGAUCUUUUGCAGCAGCCAUUUUCGGCGCAGAGUGGAUCAGCGCUAGAGGGACAGGGACAUUGUGAUGCCGUAAGCAGCUUGAAAGAAUUACCAAGGAGCUUGGAUGAACGAAUAACUGAACUGAACCGCCAGAGCGCAGAAGCACGCAGCAAACUGGUGCAGCUAACCAAUCAGCAAACGUUACCAACAUUCGUCUCUGUGUCUCCGCCAGUUUCACCAAUUCCAUCACCACCUGUCAAUUUGCUUGAAACCGGAAAGAGAAGAACAAUUGAGGUGUCUGUUCCAGUUGCAGAAAUUCUGGAUAGUUCUAAAGAAAACAGUCCUUCUCCCACCAGUGUAUCCAGUACAAAGAGGUCAGCUGCUUAGCUAUUCUGUUUUUAC